UUGGAGCUGAGGUAUCCCGAACGGCGGGCUUCGGAAGUUUGGUACCCCCAACCUUACAAUUGGAAUCUUAGUAUUAUAAUAGGCUUCCGUUUGGAAAUUUGUCAUCGUGGGCACUUUUAUUCGUCGCCAGCUGCUGUUACGUUGAAGAUUUGGAUUUCCCGUUCGUCAAAACGGAUCGGCCUUCCAACCUCCUUCAGAACGGAUCGCGAGCUGAGUUCGCUCCUUUCUUCCUCUCGCUCUCUGUCCGGCUGCCCGACGGCUCCUCCCCGACUGCUCCCAGCGCCCCGGCGCUCGUCGAGCUCGCCAGUUUGCGGUGCUCCUCGUCGAGCUCGCGAGUCUCCUACCGAAAGGUCUUGGUCCCUCUGCCCGGCGCUCCAGCUCGUCGUAGGAUCCUUCACCGUGGCCAUGGAUAAAUCACCAAGAUCAAUUCGUAUCGGAUCUGGACCUGCUAGGGCCGACACACGCAAAGAUGUCGCAGAAGCUGCAGAUGGGAUUAGGCGCACAUGCAUCGUCGACACGAGCAACAUUGAUUAUGGCACUAGUAGAUUACGUCCGCGCCAUCGAUUAUGUACCACACAUGAUCCGGCGCAGAGAUAUAAUCGAGUUUGGGAUGGUCUUUUAGACGCCAUUAGACAAAUGCAGUUAUCUGCCGAUGAGUUGAGAAAGUUGAGCCGCCGCAAUCAUGUGCCUGAGUAUUAUGAUAUGGUGCACAAGAAUUGCUUGAUUAAUGCCAUGAGUGAUGUUAGUGAAAUUGCAAAAGGUCUAGACACUAUGAGCAGGGAUUUGGAGGAAGUUCUUAUUGGUCCGCAACCUCUAAUUGAGGAUUACGAAGCCCUUGGAAUGUAUGAUGAUUUCAAAUCUGAUGUUCAUUGUGAUUGUUAUGAGCAGUGUGGUUCAGAUGAAGACAACUCUUCUUUUGACUCGGAUGAGAUCAAUGAUCGCCGUUUAUCACAUAUGAAUGAGCCUAUCUGACCUAUUUGUCUGUGAGAGAGUUGUCUCGUGGACAAUAGCCAUGUUUUAAUUUGAUGUAGUAUUCUAUUGGCAAUGUAUUUUGUGAGACUUGUAGUUGAUGAUGUAUUUUUAGUUCAACUUGGUUUCGGCCAUAAUGUAUCUUGAACUUGUAGUUCAUUUAUCUAAGCUUGACUGGCAGCUUGUACUAUCUGUGAACUUUUAGUUCAGCUUGUACAAUUUCUGUUUCGGCCAUAAUGUAUCUUGAACUUUUAGUUCAGCUUGUGUUC